CAGUGCAUCACCACCCUCUGAAAAAUUAUAUAAUGUCAACUCUGUUAUUUUAGAACUGACGUUACUAAAGCAAUGCAAUCAGGACAGAAGGACUAUUAGUCUAAUACGAAGGCGCCCGUAUAACUGUAAUUUAUUUCAUUAUACAGAUAUUAAGCCACUUUUCCCAAUCGAACUGCUUUCCCUCCGGGGUUUUGUACCAGCUGAAGUAUGCCCCAUCUCCCACAACAACACAGCUAAGGAAAAGCAGUAUGCAGACGAUCCUUAAGUAAUGGGGAUGUUAAAACCUUUUAGGAGCGACAAAGACUUCUUGUAAAAGAUUAAUGGCCCGCAUUCUCUGCUCGGUCACCAGUGGCACCGUCAGUUUAUCGGGGCUUUGUCAGCUUUAGCUUCUCAGUUCCCUUCUUUUCAGCCACCAGGCAGAGCUGCCAUGUGAAGGCCCUGGAACCCUCAGCAACAGGACGGAGGGCAGGAGGAACACAGGCUGCGCCUAAUUGCCUCCUCAAUUAGCAGCAAUUAGCACCGGCUCGCAGACGGGAUAAAAGCAGGCCCGGGAGCCGCCCCUAGCUGACCUUUCUGCAGGUACCACCAUGGAGAGCUUCGUCUUUCCUCCGUUCGGCUCGUUCCAGGGCUUCAGGGGCGGCCUGACGCCCAACCGCAGUGGGGAGUUGACGCCGAAGCAGCCGAGCUGGAAGCAGAGCAAGAGCAGCGGCCUCAGCCCCUUCCCCGUGGGGCCGCCCACCCCGCUGUCGGCCGACUACCUGGACAGCUGCCGCCGGGCGCAGCUCAAGGCGCUGCUGUCGCAGGUGAGCCCGGGGCUGACGCCGCGGCUGCGCCGGGCCAACACCAAGGAGGUGGGCGUGCAGGUGAACCCGCGGGCCGACGCCGCCGUACAGUGCUCGCUGGGGCCGCGCACGCUUCCCGCCAGCCGCCCUCUCACCCCCGCCGCCCGCGCCCGGGGCCGCCUCGCCCUCUACUCGCCCUUACUGAACCCCCGCCUCUUCACGCUGCCCGAGGCCGCGGCGCACCAAGAGGACGAAGCGGCGGCUGCGGCCGCCCCUGAGGAGCACAAGGCGGAGGGCCGUAGCGACGAGCAGCGGGACGGCCCGGCGGAGGCUGCGGCUCCGACCGAGGCGCCGCGGGAGCAGGGUGUCGCCCCUGGGCGUCGGGCCGCCUUCCAGUUCUUGGAGCAGAAGUACGGCUAUUUCCACUGCAAGGACUGCAAGACCAGAUGGGAGAGUGCUUACGUGUGGUGCAUCUCCGGGAGUAACAAGGUGUACUUCAAGCAGCUCUGCCGCAAAUGCCAGAAGGGCUUCAAUCCCUAUCGGGUGGAGGCAAUCCAGUGCCAGACCUGCUUCAAGACUCGCUGCUCCUGCCCUCAGAAGAAAAGGCACAUUGAUCUCACAAGACCUCAUCGCCAAGAACUCUGUGGCCGUUGCAAAGGCAAGAGGCUGUCCUGUGAUAACACCUACAGCUUCAAGUACAUUGUCUGACUUGUGUGCCCUCCAAUUUGUGCUCUGCACUUUGUCAGUCUUUUGUGAUGUUUUGACCUUAGGCUUUUGACCUGGCACUGGAUAAUGGAUGAAGACUUCUGUGUUAUUUAUAAAAUAUUUAACUUUAUUGUAUAUAUGCUAUAAUUAAAGUUCAAUAAAAGUUUGCACUGAUUUGUUA